UCUAAAUUUGGUUUGAUGCCGGCAUGUUUGGCUGACAAAUGGAUCAUCUAUACCAAUGUUUUGAAAUGUGCCCAUGAUCAGUUAGUUGAAGAGCUUUGGGAAAAGGUUUAUACAGAUCCAUGGAAAUCUUUCUCAUCAGAAAUACUACCGGUUCAUGAUCAGAUGACUUUACUUGUUGAAGCUGCAAAAGUAGGAAAUGUUGAAUUUCUACUUAUAAUUAUACGCACUUAUCCCGAUCUCUUAUGGCAAUUAAUAGAUGAAAAGUACGGGAUCAGUUUAUUUCACAUUGCUAUUAUUUAUCGGCAAGAUAGUGUAUUUAAUCUGAUACAUGAGAUAGGUGUCAUGAAGGAAAAGAUUACAACCUAUGUUGCCAAAGGUGAUAACACAAUCCUAGACAUUGCCAAAGGUGAUAACAUGCUGCACAUUGCUGGAAAAUUGGCUCAUUUAGAUCGAUUAAAUACCAUAUCAUCAAUUAAAGCCCUUCAAAUGCAACAUGAGUUGUUAUGGUUUAAAGAGAUAGAAAAGAUUGUGCCCCAUUCAUAUGUGAACAUGAAGAAUUCAAAAAAUGAAACACCUAGGGAUAUAUUUAAAAAGGCACACAAAGAUUUGCAUAAAAACAGUGAAAAGUGGAUGAAGGGAACAGCAGCCAACUUUAUGCUUUUGGCAACAAUUAUUGCUACUGUGGUUUUCACUGCGGCCUUCACGGUACCUGGUGAAUAUGAAGAACUAAAGGAUCAUGACAAAGGAAAACCUCUUCUUUUGAACAGUACUUGGUUUAUGGUAUUCUUCGUAUCAGAUGCAAUAUCAUUGAUAUUCGCUGCAACUUCGGUAUUAGUUUUCUUGUCAAUUCUCACAUCACCUUACAGAGAGGAGGAUUUUCUCAAAACAAUACCUCUACGGAUGUUGUUGGGACUUGCUGUAUUCUUCAUCUCUAUAGCAGGCUUGGUAACAGCCUUCUGUACACUCUGCUUUGUGGUAUAUUACAUUAAAGCGGCAUGGGCUCCGAUUGUUUUAACCGCUUUGGCUGCUAUCCCAAUAAUUCUUUCUGUACAGGCAUGUUUUCGACUUUGGAUUGAAGAAAGCAAUGUUUUGACAUUACGUAGAUACGAUUCACUCGUGGGUAAAUUUUGAGUCGAGAACAAAUCAAGACUUUGAAUCGAU